ACAGUAUUGUUUCUGAUGUUGGUGAAGCUUGGUGUUUUCACACUGGCUUCAGCUCAGUCAGUAUUACCUACCCAAGGAGAUUCAGUGAUGGACUUAAGGAUGAAAAAUGUUUCUGUUCACAAGGAUGACCAGUACAUAUGUACAAGUUACAGAAUGCCCGUCAAUGAAUCCUUUAUUGUCCAAUUUAAGCCUCUUGCAAAUGCCAACACAGCUCACCACAUUCUGUUGUUUGGAUGUUCGGAGCCCUACAACACUGAAGAGGAAGGUGCAUGGAACUGUCGUAUGAUCUGUCGUGGUGAAGAACAGAUUCUGUUUGCUUGGGCCAGGAAUGCCCCGGAGCUGGUUCUCCCCAAAGAUGUCGGUUUCAAAGUGGGAGGAGCUUCUAAGGUCAAGUACAUUGUUGUACAGAUACACUAUGCCAAAGCCCUGCCUUCUUUUCGACCAACAGACCAGUCAGGAAUUCGACUUUACAUGACACAAAAACGACAAAGAUAUGAGGCUGGGAUAUUUCUGCUGUUGGCUUACUCUCUCACCAUUCCCCCUAAUACACCAAAAACCAGUGCAGACAUUUCCUGCAGUUUCACAGCCUCUGGGAAUAUAUAUCCAUUUGGAUUCCGAGCUCAUUCUCAUAGUCUGGGACGUGUCAUCACUGGUUACCAUGUUAACCAGUCCAAUGAUUAUCAUAUGAUUGGUAAGGGAAAUCCACAAUGGCCACAGUCGUUUUAUCCGGUGACAGAAAAAAUCACAGUAAAGCCAGGCGAUAAGCUGGUGGGAAGAUGUACAUACAACUCAACAGGGAGACAAAGAAAUACCUUAAUAGGACCAACAGCCGCUGAUGAGAUGUGUAACUUCUACAUCAUGUAUUACAAGGAGGUCGGCACACAGAUUCCUUUCCCACAGUGUGUUGGCAACAAUGUGCCAAGUCUCAUCGCAAAUCUCCCACCAGGUUCAGAUGAACCACUUCCUUACAAUGCCACACUAGAAGCAGCGGCACAUGGUCAUGGCAGCCACAUGCAAGGCCACGAGGAUCCUAACACUUCGACUGAUACUGUCGACAAACCAACAGAUAGCAGUAAGCCAGGUUUACAACACUAUGUGAACUUUCAGUCAGAUUUCAUGUCAGACAAAUCCCAGACGAGUUCAUCUGUGAACGGCCUCGACUAUCCCAUAGGGCAGGUAGGGGGUGUGGCCACAGAUGACAAAGGAGGUGUCUACGUAUUUCAUCGUGGUAACCGGGUCUGGGACAGCAGGUCCUUCAAUUUUGCAAAUGUUUUUCAACAACAAAAUAGUCCUAUUGAACAGGAGACCAUUAUCAUGUACAAUAAGGAUAGUAACAUUCUCCGCAAGUUUGGAAAAAAUAUCUUUUACAUGCCCCAUGGUAUAACAGUGGACCAAAACUUCAAUAUCUGGGUCACAGAUGUUGGUCUUCACCAGGUUAUGAGGUUCGCACCAGGAAGUGAACAACCUAACCUGACCUUAGGGGUGAAGUUUCAGCCUGGAAGUGACAACAUUCACUUCUGUAAACCGACAGAUGUUGCUGUUUUGUCAACAGGAGAGUUUUUUGUCUCUGAUGGGUAUUGUAACUCCAGGAUAAUGAAGUUUACAAGUAAUGGAACUCUGAUCAAGAUAUUUGGCAAUGGUUUAAUGACACAGCAAGCUGAUGGGUACCCUCCAGAAUCAAGUUUCGACAUUCCCCAUAGUCUAACUGUUGCUGAAGACAAAGGUCUUUUAUGUGUGGCCGACCGAGAAAAUGGAAGAAUUCAGUGCUUUGAUUUCAAUGGCAACUUUCAAAAACAAAUUCAUCCAGCAGAGUUUGGACCGAGACUGUUUGCUAUUGAAUAUUGUCCGCUACAUGAUGGUUUACUGUUUGCGGUCAAUGGUCCUCCACUUGAUAACAGCCAAACCACAGUUCAAGGCUUCAUUGUAGAUAUCAACAGUGGAACACUGUCCGAAUCCUGGAACACUCAAGAUGGCCUAAAGAACCCACAUGAUGUGGCAGUAGAUCCUCAUAACCUGAGAGUCUAUGUAGGCGAGCUCAACCCGUCCAAGGUGUGGCGGUUUGACAUGAUGGGCGACAGUGGAUCUAUUGUCACUGAUCGACCAAAAUCUACUCCCGGAAACCCUGGUACAACAUCAGUGAGUAAAGUAACAGAGAGCACCACAGAUACAUCAGAACCGAUUGUUGCCAAGGGAACACAGAAGGAGGACACCGUUUUACCAGCUGUCAUCAUAGGGGUCCUUCUCGUCAUCCCAGUUGUCAUUAUUGUCAUCGUUGUUGUUGUCGUCAGAGUCUACAAAAAUGGCAAAUACAAUUGUUGCGGACGACAUCGAUCAUACUCCCGCAAAAAGUUUAACCUUGGUGACCUCCUCAGCUCACACCGAGGAUUUGACCGACUGAGCACUGAUGAGAGUGACCAUGACAUUGACCUCAGUGACUCUGACCAAGAGGAGUACACUAUUACCCAGAAAGCAUGAUCAUUGUAAUCAAGGGAAGUAACUCUGAUGGUCACAAAGUGUGCAGAACAAAUUUGUAUCACAAAUUAGAAUUGUUGAUUUUGUUGAAUUUUGAAAAAGAUGAAAAUAUUUGUUAUUUUGUUGGUGUG